GUCUAAUGUAGCCUGUCAACAACACUGCAACCUGAGACGGGAUAGCAGCCAGUUGGCUAGCUAAGUAAACCAGCUAACUUAGCUACUCCACUAGCCGCUGUAUUAACCAACUGUCACUACGACGCGUAAUAAUUCUUCUAAAUUGGGAAUAUAUAUUGUGUUUGAAGUUGUUCCGACAAGUAAAGUGGCAAGACGGACUUUCUUAUUUCGGCUCCUUCAACUCUCUCCUCCUGUGUGAUAUGACAUCGCUGCUUGGUUACUACAAAAGCCAGCACUCGACAGCAGACGGUUGACAUCUGGUCAGUUGUGCUGCAAUGUAAGGCGCUCCCAAGACAAAGUCCAUAGUAACGGCUUCAUAGUGUGCUGUUGAAGAUGAUGGCUGCUCAGGUGGAGGUUCAGACUGGGGAGGUCGGGAGGACGUUGGUGGGAGGACGACUUCACCUGAGUCCCCUGACUGACUCCAGCAAUAAGAGCCUCAUUGAGAUCCCUUCCAUCAACCAGUCCCAUAUCAUCUCUCCAGAACCUAACAAACCUGUGCCGGGCCCCAAGCCACGGCUAACUCCCAAACCUUUUGCUGUGGAGAGAAACGCCACCAUUAGGCCCAUACUUGCCCCUAAACCCCAAGCCAAGCCCCGACCAGAGUCCACUCGCCUUGCUGGAUACAAAUCAGAGCUUCCAUGCAAUCCGACACCACAGCAACCAGUUGCCCCUGGUAAACCCAGGCCAGUGUCAACCAACCCCAACCGACCUGCCUCUACCUCCUUUAAAACAUCUAAUAAGUUGAACACUGGACAAACAACCAAGCCAGUAGCCCAGCCUUUUAAACCGGCUCCUCCUCUUGACCCUGCAGAUCCCAGCAAACCUAUUCCACCUGUAACAGCAGCGAGGCGGAAAUCAUCAAGCUUGGUCUAUUCCAACAGCCUUAAACAACUUCUAGCAGCAGAGUGGUCUGGAACCACUAAAAUUGAAGAUGAGAAGGACCUGAUGACUUCCAGCAAAAGUGAAGCCGCUAUUACCAGAACCAAGUCCAUGGGUUAUCUCGUUCAGGUAGGGCAGGAGGAAGAAGAAAAGCAAAAAGCUAACCCUGAGGCAGCAGUGGUAAUGCGGGCACAGUCCAGAGGCUCCAGGCCCAGACCUGUGUCAGCCAUUUUCAUUGACAGUCCAACCAAUACAGAGUCACCAGUUCCUGCCCCUCGCUGGGCGAGACGACCGCUUUCAGCCGAUCUCACGUCCAAGUUUGAGUCAAUCGGUCUGUCACUGCACCGUAAAUCUUCCAAGGAAAACACUAAGGAGAACACUCCAGAGGAGCAGGCACUGCCACAGAAGAGAGAGCAAGAGAAAACACCGAAGAGUGCCACGCAACAAAGUACUGAUGUUGUGGCUCAGCCAGCGGUUUUAGACCAAAGCAAUAAAAAGACAGAAGAAAUGACUGUGAAAGAGACUGAUGAGGAUAAGCGUGCAGUCAGCAUCAAGUCGCGAAUCAGUCUCCUACUCGAUUCGUCCUCCUCUCCUGGGGCAGGUGUCACAGGCCAAGGGUCAGAUCCUCAUUCUCCAGUGCAGCCAGUCCCUGAAACCGAACCACCAGUGGGUGUCAAACAGCUCAUCAAGCAGCUGACGGAGGACACAACACCGACUCAGAGCCUUGUUGCGAAACCACCUCUGAAACCCCGCCCCUUGCCCCUGGACCUGACUAAAAGGUUUUCAUCCGAGAGGUCGCUAGACUUUGGCAGUGUUUCCCUCAGUGAGGCAACAGACCGCCAUGACAUCAGCAGAGAUCCUCAGAGGAGGAUUGAAGAGUCAGCUAUCACCCCCAGUGACCAGAGGACAUUUGAAGAUUUAAAAGACGCCCAAGAGCAGCUCAUAAAGGCCUCCACGCCCGAAGGGCCUGAGACGGGACAGACGUUUGCCGCCACUUUCAAGGAAAGUGGUCCCAGUAGUGACGUACAGACAGUGAGAGCAUCCUUGUUUGAACAUGUUGUGGAGAGGCACAGUGUGCUGAUGGUGGAGGAGGACAAACCUGCAAACAAGGCUGAGGAUUCCCUCAGUAGCCCGUCCUUUAGGAGAGGAAAUGGCCAGGAGGAGGGAACUCUAGUCACCGCCACCUACAAAGAGCCUGUAUCUCCAUCAAGUCCUCUGCGGGUGUUGCAUGCCUUUGACACUGUGCAGGCAGUAGAAGAGAGCAGGGCAGUGAGUGAGAACAUCCCUUCAGCUCUGUGGGAGGAUAAGGCCAUGACGCUACGCUCCAGGCGCUCGGAAGGGAGCAGGCCGGUGGCCGAGAGGACCGGUCCAGCACAAGGCGAAGCAGCGUUUGCUGAGAGGUCGGAACAGCAGCCUCGUAUUCUGAGAGUCGGAGCAUUACCUAAGUGGAGCCAUACAGGACUUGAACAAGAGGCGAGUGUGGAGAUAGGAAUGCAAAAGGAAUCACAAAGGGAAGGACAAGUGGCUGUUGAGCAGGACAGGCAGAGAGAGGCUGAGCAGGAGGAAGUGGCUGCAGCUCCUAAACGUUUGAAGACAGAAGAACAGCCAAAACCCAGGGCAACCUACUUUGCUCUGACGGGACAAAUACAGGAGCCAGUUUCUCCUGUAGAUGCAGGAGCGUACACGGGGGACAUGCCCUUUGAUGAUUUCUCUCUGAGGUCUGCACCAGGCAGCUCUCAAGGGAAGGUUCUUCCAAUAAGGAGGAAUCCAUCAUUGGAUGAAGCUUUUGUAAAUAACUCUCGAGAUCAAGUUGAAGAGUUGAUGAAGAGGAGUCACAUGUCGCACAAGGACAUCAGACCAGUGUCAGACGGACAGAUGGCCGAUGAAAUGAUGGAAGUUGAAAAGAAAAGAGAACUUAAAAAGGAGACAGAAAGACACAUGGCAAAAAUGAAAGCGCUUGAGAGGGAAAGACGGAGACAGCUGGAAAUGGAGAAAGAAGCACAUUUAGAAUUUGCACGGAUGAAAGAGAGGGACAUGCAAAGAGAAUUUGAAAAGCAAAGACAGAAAGCCUUUGAGAAGGAGAAACAGGACUUUGAGGAGAAACAACGUGCUCUGGAAAGGUUAGAGCUUGAACAGGAACAGAAACUGCAAGAAUUGGAGAAAGCCAGACUCGUGGAAAUGGAAAAAGAAAGGAAACGACAACUUGAGAAAGAAAAACGACGAGAAUUUGAUAGACAGAGAAAGCUUGAAAGAGAGAAACUGCGAGAGCUGGAAAGGGAGAGACAGCGUGAACAGGAGAGGCAAAGACAAAGGGAGGAAAAGAGGCAGAGAGAGCUAGACAAGGAAAGACAGCUGCUGGAAAUCCAAAAGGAGAAGCAGAAAAUGGAGGAAGUGGAGAGAAUCAAAGAGCAGGAGAGACUGCUGCUCUUAGAGUUUGGAAAACAGAAGCAGAAAGAAAAGGAGAGGCAGCAGAUCAUGGAGCUUGAGAUACAGAGACUUGCAGAGAAGAUGGAGAGAGAGCAGGCAGAGAAAAUAAAACAGAUGGCUUUAGAACAGGAAAUGUUAAGAAUGAAAGAUCUUGAGAAAGAAAGGGAAAGACGAAGGGAGAUGGAGAAGGAGCGUCAGAAAGAGAUUGAGAGGGAAAAGCAGAGAGAAAUACAGAGAGAUUUAGAAAGGGACAGACAGAGACAACUAGAUAUUGAGAGACAGGAACUAGAAAACCAGAGGCUGAGACAACGAGAAAUGGAGAAGGAAAAGCUUAGGAAGGAGGAGUUAGAGAGAUUUAAAGAGAUGGAGAAAAGACAGCUUUUGGAGUUUGAAAAGCAAAAGCAGGCAGAGAGGGAGAGACAACAAAUUUUCGAGCAUGAGAAACGCAGAUUGAGGGAGAGGAUGGAAAGGGAGGAGGCAGAGAAAAUGAGACACAUAGCCAAACAGCAAGAAGCUGAGAGGCAGCGACUCAAAGAGAGGCAGAAGAAAGAGGAACAGGAGAGGGCGAGGUUAGAGUCCGCGCAUCUCAGGCCUAAAGUGGUGGAUCUGGACUCUGUGCUUCGAAAUGCCUCGUUUUCCAAAGCUAGUCCUCAGCGCAGUGACCUUGCAACACGAUGGAAGGAGCCAUCUCCGAGAUCAGAGGAGUCUUACAAACCCCCCAUCCUUGACAUAGACUCUUUCACCUCCCAAGCUCAGCUCUCCCCCAGUAAAGACUUGUUCCCCGUUUCUGGCAUUCAGAGUGUAGACGCUGCAUUUGGAGCUAGAUUACAGCCUACACCUGAUGUAGACGUUAGCUGGAGGAUGCCACCUCAGACUUCAGCAGGUUUCACGAGUCCAGUAUGGACGACAUCUCUUCAGGACCCGUGGGAGCUGCGGCCUGUUGAGAUGUCUGUGGACAAACCUGUGGCUGAACCCAAAAAACAUGCCAACAAACUCAGCCUGGAGCAGCUCCUCCUCAGGCAGGAAGAGCGCCUCCUGGCUCCACAGAGGAACUGGUCUGCUGGGCAGGAGGAAACACUUAACUUGGCCCCUCUUCCCCGGACGGAGGCCAAAGGUGGAGGCUCUCCAGGUGGAGUCUCCAGCAGCGCUCCUGCAGAGCAGAUAUGGCUCCCCAGACAGCCACAGCCACAGCCACAGCCUCAAGGCGGCAGGAUAGACGUCCGUACCCACAGGAGAUCACAGGGAGCUCAGGAGUUGAACAGGAUGCGCUCUCGCAGUGUGUCACGUCGAUCAGCUCCUUCCAGCAGCGCUGUGGAGACGAGCCUUUCCAGGAUGAGGAGUCGCAGCGCCCACCGAGAGGAAGAUCACAUCCGCUGGCUGCAGCAGAAGCAAAGUGUCAGCGGUGAAGAGGAGGACUCGGGAACUCCGGCCCGUGACUCUGACAGUCAGUAUGGGACCUGGGAGACAGGACUGCGCACUGACGACAGCCACAGUCCGGCCACUCCCAGUUCAGAAAGUAAUCUCAGCCCGUCGCCGAGGAAGCCCACUCCUCUUCACACGCCAGGCGAUCAAGCGUCACCGUUUGAUACCGACACUCCGGACAGCCUCCCUCCCUCGUCCGAGAGCCAGCCUCUCCCUUUCCCUGAUACUCCGACCGCUCUGUUAGACACCAGCGCUCUUCGCUCCAGAGCCCACCUGGUGAAGAAACGAGCCCCGCGGACACGACCCUCCAAAGCCGGCCUUCAGACUGCCGCGCUUUCAGAGGCAGAAGGAGGCACCACUGAGGACUGGCUUUACAGAGACUCCACAGAAGCAAAGGUUGAGAGUAAGGACGCUGACUCGGACUCUGAGCAGCAGGUCAGAGGAGGAGCUGACGCCAGCCCUGCUGUUUCCUCUCAGCCACAGAGGAUCGCCCUGUUCACUGGGAUGGACCCGUCAGCUUUAAAGGCCCAGCUGAAGAAGCGGGGCGACUCUGACGGUCAGAUCGAUGGAGCUACACCUUCUCCUUCACAGCUUUCUCGCUCUCCCAAGUCCCCCUUUCUUCCCAGGGCGGCGCGUGUACUGCCCCCACCUGGUGGGAAAGAGAACGGGGAGGAGGACUCACCCCAGUGGUUGAAAGAGCUGAAGUCUAAGAAGCGCUUGAGUCAGUAUGAAAAUGACAGCUAAGAAAUGAAUGAGGUGGCCUUACCAGAUGAAUCUCUAUGAAACAGAAGCCUUAACGUUCGACACGGAUAGUAGGAGACGUGAAUCUACAGCUGCUGCUUCCUUUUAUUGUUCUCUUCCCAUCUGGGAUGGUAAAUGUGCAUGGUGCCUUUUUUUUUUUACGGAGAGUCUGUGUCUUAUGGAAGAAGAAGAAGAAGAAGAAGAAACCAUCGGGCUGCUCUGCUUUUAUCCAUUUCAUGCUUGAACCUGUCGAAGCUCUUCUGCACUUCACAUGAACACUUUAAUGGGACCAGGAGAAGUUGUUUGUAAUUAGUUUCCUUACUCGACUAAUAUGUUCGAGUCGGCUGUGUCUGCGUCGGACAUAAUGUGUGUGUGACCCGUCAGCUGAUGGGAGUCACACAAGCUUUGCCAUAGGAUAACAUUUCAGACACUAAUGAUAGAGAACAAAUCACUGCUGACUGGAUUGCCAGUGUUUUUCAUGUUAGUAACUGUAAUCAGAAGACGUUAUAUUUGUAUUAUGAUUGAUUUAACAGAGAGCUAGUUUUGAAAAGAUGCAUCACUACAAUAGACUUUGUUACACUCCACACGACCCGAACAGUGUCACAGUUGCUGCAUACUGUAUAUAUGUUUUUGUCUAAAUAUAUUUUUGUCUUUGUGGAAGAGGGAUGGGGAACUCUUGGCCAAGUGACUUCGCAUCUGUCAAUCAUGCACACUCCUUAUCAGCACAAAUACACUCUUCAAUCUUUUAUAAAAACACACUAAUCCGCCGGUCUUCCCUGAAUGAUUGUAGCUGUAAGCGUUCAUUAAAAGCCAUACGUUCACACACACCCUCUCACUCCUCAAUCAUGGUUUUUUUCUGGGGGUUUUCCAACAAAUGUGCAAUUUCCCUCGAUUGUGUCCCCAUUAAUGUGCAUGCACAAUCUUUGCUGUCAAAGCAGACAAUGUUGAAAGUGACUGGCUCAGCGUGUCGGGGGUGUUGGCUUCUCUGUUCACUACAUUGUUUAAAUGACUCUAUGAUACUCCAAAAAAAAUAUUUAAACAUUUGCACCUGCUUUUCAACUUGACUGUAAUCUUCCUCCUCCUCCUCACACUGCUGCGCUUCUACAAAGCACUUUGUCACUUGACGCACUACGGCACUGACCUCUGCCCCCUCUCGUCGGCCAUGUCUCGUCUCCUGUAUUGUCAGAGUCGCUCGUGCAAUGCAAGCGAAUGUGUUGCUCGAGUCCUCGGGGGGGAUUGUCCCUGGUUUCUACGUACAUGAUGUUUUACUUUGAGGGUUUAUUUUUUUGUCCUUUUUUUAUUUGAAAGUAAAGAUGUACAUUGCACUGUGUUGUAUUGGCCAGUGUCCUAAAGUGAAUACAUUCUUAAUAAAAUUUACUUGACUUGA